AUGUCUACAUCGGGGUCGUUGGAUCGAGUGGAACUCUGUGAAAGUCUUCUGACAUGGGUUCAAACAUUUGGUGUAGAGGCUCAAUGUAAGACCGUAGAUGACAUGACAAGUGGCAUUGUCAUGGCUCAGGCUCUACAGAAAAUCGACGAAGUCUAUUUCAAUGAUGCUUGGAUUAGUCGAAUCAAGCCCGAUGUGGGGGACAACUGGAGGUUAAAGGUCAGCAAUCUAAAGAAAAUUCUCAAGGGUAUCCUAGAUUAUAACCAGGAGAUUCUUGGGCAACACAUAAACGACUUCACGCUACCUGAUGUCGGUCUCAUUGGAGAACAUUCUGACCCCGCAGAACUUGGGAGGAUGCUUCAACUAAUUCUAGGUUGUGCUGUCAACUGUGAACAGAAGCAAGAAUAUAUCCAAACCAUCAUGAUGAUGGAGGAAUCAGUUCAGCAUGUCGUCAUGACAGCCAUCCAAGAGCUGAUGAGUAAAGAAACGCCAGUGACAGGAGGGAAUGACUCCUAUGUGGAUCUUGACAGACAGUUGAAGAAGUCUGUCGAGGAGCUGAAUGAAGCUUUGGCCACAAAAGAGGAGAUUUCCCAGAGGUGUCGUGAACUGGAUAUGCAGGUCGCAGCUCUGCAGGAGGAAAAGAGCAGUUUGCUAGCAGAAAACCAGGUUUUAAUGGAGAGACUCAAUCAGUCAGACUCCAUUGAAGAUAUUAACAGCCCUGCUGGACGCAGACACCUCCAGUUACAGACACAACUAGAGCAACUGCAGGAAGAAACAUUCAGGUUGGAGGCUGCAAAAGACGACUAUCGGAUCCGUUGUGAGGAGCUUGAAAAGGAACUCCUAGAUGUAAGGUCACAGAAUGAAGAACUCACGUCUCUAGCUGAUGAAGCCCAGUCACUCAAGGAUGAAAUGGAUGUCCUUAGGCAUUCAUCCGACAAGGUGUCAAAGCUUGAGGGCACAGUAGAACACUAUAAGAAAAAACUUGAAGACAUGGGACUUCUCAGGAGACAGAUUAAGCUUUUGGAGGAAAAGAAUACUGUGCUAAUGCAGACCAACAUAAGCUUAGAAGAAGAGCUUCGAAAGGCUAAUGCCACCAAAGGCCAGUUAGAGACGUACAAGAGACAGGUUGUGGAACUUCAGAACAGACUGUCAGAAGAAUCGAAAAAGGCCGACAAGAUGGAGUUUGAGUACAAACGUGUCAAAGAGAAAGUAGACUCUUUGCAGAAAGAAAAAGAUCGUAUGCGAACAGAGAGAGAUUCUUUAAAGGAGACCAUUGAGGAGCUGCAUUGUGUCCAAGCUCAAGAGGGACAGCUUACAUCAGGUCUUCUUCCACUAACCAGCACUGAUGGCACUGAUUCGUUGGCAGCUGAGAUUACAACGCCGGAGAUUCGGGAGCAUUUAAUUCGCCUUCAGCAUGAGAACAAAAUGUUGAAGCUGGCUCAGGAGGGCUCGGAUAACGAAAAGAUUGCACUUCUACAGAGUCUGCUGGAAGACUCUAACCGAAGGAAAAGUGAACUUGAGACGGAAAACAGAUUAACCAACCAGCGCUUGAUGGAGGAACAAAGUCAGAUAGAGGAGCUACAGAAGAAUCUCCAAGAGCAAGGCUCUAAAGCAGAUGAUUCCACCAUAAUGAAGAAGAAAUAUGCAGAGCACAUGGAGAAACUACAAGAGGUGAACAAUGAGUUACUCAAGAAGAAUGCCUUCAUUGAUGAGCUGGAGCCUAAAUAUGCUGCUACCUCUCAACGAGUGGAUGAACUUGAAGAGGCCUUAAAAAAGAAAGAUGAGGAGAUGAAACAGAUGGAGGAGAGAUAUAAGAAAUACCUGGAAAAAGCUAAGAGUGUUAUUCGUACUCUGGAUCCUAAGCAGAACCAGGGCUCGGGUCCAGAAGUUCAGGCCCUCAAGAACCAGCUGCAAGAGAAAGAGAGGAUGUUGCACUCGUUGGAGAAAGAGAUGGACAAAACAAAAAGCCAAAGGGAUUAUGAGGAGAAACUGAUAGUUUCAGCCUGGUACAAUAUGGGAAUGACUUUCCAAAAGAAGGCGGCUGAAGACAGAUUGGCCAACACUGGCUCUAGUCAAUCUUUCCUGGCCCGCCAGAGGCAAGCCACCAGUUCCCGCCGCUCCUACCCAGGCCAUGUCCAGCCAGCUACCGCAAGGUAG